ACGAUUAGUACCUCGCGGAGCAGAUUGACGCUUUUUUUUUUGUCAUAGAUUUUUUAUUUUAUUCAAUAAUGCAUCGAAUAAGCUUAAUUUCACUGAUUUUUGAGGCGUUGUAUUGUAUAAUUACCAAUCUUGUGUUAAUGUUCAUAAGAGUGGGUGGAAAGCAUUGGCGCUAUCGCAUUCCCCUCGCAUUCCCCUUGCCUGUCCUCGUCUCGUCUACAACUCGAGAAGUCGCAAACCUCGCAACAGUCGUUAAAUCUUGUUACUAAUAAUCAGUAUUGUCUGGUAUUUGUCAGACGUGUUUAUCGUGCAUCUUUUGGUGUCUACUUCGUCAGAGCUGUUGAACGCGACGAAAUUAGUGGAAAUUAGUUUGUUCCGAAACAGGAGACACAAAUUGACGAAGACGGCUCGUCUACUUGCUAUGUCGAGUCAGUCGAGUUUAAGUUAUUACGAGUCAAUCAAUAUGCGAUGGAAGACGCAGCUUGCCCGGCAGUUGUUACGCCGCCGUUAACUACAUUACUAUCCAAGAAACCCGUCAUUGGGGGAUAUCCGUCAAGAUCAGUCAGGAUAUCGAUAAAUACUCUUAUCAUUGUAUCAUCGUUCAAGUUUUACACUAGGUAUUUACCUAACAUCAUGGACGGUACUUGGACCUGCCUUCAUCAAGUCAUUACAGCACCCAUAAAAAAUUUCCUGCAACUGCAACGGAUCAAAGAGAUAAAGUGGAUGAAUCCGAGAGCAUGCACAAAUGAGGCAUAUACUCCUACAUCCAUCGAACAUAUGGCAAAUGUGGCAACUCAUGGAAUAUGGGUUGUACCUUCGGUAAUUGGUGGUAUCGAGCUUAUACGGCGUUCAUCAACAUGGGCACAGUUCGUUUCUGCUUGCGUAUACGGCACUUCCUUGAUCCUUGUCUUUGCAGUAUCGACUUUUUUCCACAGUGUGCACUAUUGCAAUCAUAACAGACAACUAAAAGAUACGUUGCAUCGUUGCGAUCGCGCUAUGAUUUACAUCUUUAUAGCAGCCAGUUACUUUCCAUGGUUAAAUAUAGAACACUUCUCAGACGAUGAGCUUUUAUUUGCGAUGCGAUAUGUCGUUUGGAUCAUGGCUAUAAUGGGUAUCCUCUAUCAGCAGAUCUUUCACGAGAGAUACAAGAUGCUCGAAACUAUUUUCUAUGUGGUUAUGGGUAUUGGACCUAGCGUUGCGAUCCUUAAUGUUUAUAAUUAUUACAAUAUUACGGAAUUGAAACUGGGUGGGCUGAUGUAUGUUCUUGGCUUAGUAUUUUUCAAAUCGGAUGGUCGUAUACCCUGUGCGCAUGCAAUUUGGCAUCUUUUCGUUGCUGCGGCGGCUGGAUUUCAUUACUAUGCGAUUCUGAACCAUGUAUUUCCUGAAACAGACUCGACGAAUAUUCUUGGACCAUCUGCCAGCGUGCCACAGUUAUCUAAUAUACUGAAGCCUCAUAUAGAAUUUAAAUAGAAACCUUGUACAUACAUAUA